ACGGACCUCCGGAACGAAUUAAGUUCUUAACCCGAGGUGCCACUGUAUAUGCCUCCUUUUAUCAAAAGUUCCCAGGGAAGUGUGCAACAUUAAAAACACAUUACAGAACAUCAAUGAUAAAAACAUACUGAAAAUUAUGCUGACAGACAGCUUAAUACAACCUUUUGUAUUAACCAAGUUGUUUUGAUGCCUGAAGCAAAAAACAAACAAAACAAAAAACACCACAAAUGCUUUCCCAGGGAGUACAAAAUACAAUGAAAACAAAAUUACGGUAAAUAACAGAUUUGCUACCCAAAAUCAAACAGCAUCUCUCACUGCAUCUGACUGUAAGCAGGAUUUUCCCUGCUUACCUAAAAGAGAAAUUCCCUAAGUGUCUGCGCACACAAACACACACACCCUGCUAGUUACGGUAUAUAAUUCUUGGUCAGGAAACCUGAAAGCGAAACAAAAACACUUGUUUUGUUCAGUUGCUUCCUGCUGCUCUCAGAUUCCUCCGCCAUCCGGUGUCGGUGGCACAAAGGGAAAUGCCAGGCCUUUAUUGCAUCAAAAGGAGCUUGAGUUAAGAAUUGCUGCUGCUGCUGCUGCUGCUGCUGUUGUCACUUGGAGACAGGCUUGGAAGAGGAGGAGAUGGAGGAGAUGGAAAUGUGCGAGAAGCACCGUGAGCCCCUGAAGCUCUUCUGCAAAGACGACGAAUGCCUCAUCUGCUUGGUCUGCGACAGAGCCAAGGAGCACAGAGGACACAACGUGGUCCCUGCAGAGGAAGCUGCCCCAGACUACAAGGAAGAAAUUGAGGGCCACUGGAAGUCUGUGGAGCUCAUGAGAAAGAAUCUUGAGGACCGUGUAUUGGCCGAAGAGCUGGGAAGCCAAGAAUGUCUGGCAAAGUUAGAAGCCGAGGCAAAGAAAGUCAAGUCUUCCUUUCAUCGGAUGUGCAGAUUGCUCGAAAGAAUCGUGCACCUCAAGCUGAGCCAGAUGGAAGAUCUGAAGAAAGAGAUCAAUAAGAGGCAGCAAGAAAACGUCAGCAGGCUCUCUGAGGAGAUCUCCCACCUCAACGAUAUGAUCGUCGAGAUGGAGGAGAAGUGCCAGCAGCCGGUCUGUGGAUUCCUUCAGGACAUCAGAAGCGACUUGAACAGAUAUGAAAAGGAACAAGUAAGGGAUGCAAUUGAGCUUUCUCCUGGAUUGGAAGAGGCGGUUGGAGUUUACUCAGAGAACAGCUCUGCUUUAGGAAUUGCUGUGGAGACAUUUAAAGAGUCCUUGGAAUUCCUGGAGCCGGCGCUGUACAAAGUGAUGGUGACUCUGGAUCCAGACACGGCACAUUGCCGCCUCAUUCUCUCCGAAGACCUAAAAACUGUGAGGAAGGCAGAGGAAGAGCAGGCCUUGCCUGACAAACCGGGGAGAUUUGAUGUUGGGCCCUGUGUGUUGGGCCGCGAGCGAUUCACUUCCGGAAGACAUUUGUGGGAAGUGGAGGUGGACAACGAAGGCAGCGGGGCGAUGUGGGCCGUGGGAGUAGCACGAGAGUCCGUCAGGAGGAAAGGAAAGGGCAGCUUUAGGCUGAUUCCCAGCGAGGGAAUCUGGGCUGUGGGGGCGAUAAUGGGUGAACUCAUAGCAUUUACUUCCCCCAAACAGACCCCUUUAGCCUUGGGGCAAGACCCCAGGAAUAUCCGCGUGACCCUCGACUAUGAAGAGGGACUUGUGGAAUUCUUUGACACGGAAAGAGCUGAGCUGAUCUUUGCUUUUACAGGAGCCUCCUUCUCUGGGCAGAUGAUCCGGCCCUACUUCUGGGUAGGGUACAGAUCCCAGCUGAGGUGCUAAAUCGCAGGAAGGAGAUCCUUCCCCUUGUUUCUUAUCAGUUCCCUGAAAGAAGGAAGCAUUCCAGCAAUUUUCCUUCAUAGCUCCAUGAAAGGUUCGCAAGCCAUUUUCCAGCCUCUGUGGUUUUUGAGUAGGACCUCCUGAUCUCAGAGCACAAAGAGUGGCUAUAAAUGGAAUCAAAUUGUAGAAUCGUGGAAUUGGAAGGGACCCCAAGUGUCAUCUAGUCCAGCCCCCCUGCAAUGCAGAAAUCUCAACUAAAGCAUCCAUGUACAAAAACAAAAACAAAAAAACACCACAGAAAGUUUGGUGGCUCCCUUUUGUGGCAGGUUUUUGAAAUAUUUACAUCCGCAUGCACAAAUGGAAAAAGAAGCUACAAACAACAGGUGUUGGUUUUUUUUGGGGGGGGGUGUUGCUUGAGCUCAUAUACAGUGGUACCUCUGGUUACAUACGCUUCAGGUUACAGA